UUUCCUCCAAACUGUCAGUUUGUUGUCUCGACGAGGCGGGUGAAAUAAUGGAAGACUAUGAAAAGUUCAUACAACGCCGACUUUACGAACUGAAAAGGAAGGAUAGCAACGACAACAACAAGAACCAACGCCGGACACUGGAAUCACCAUGUACUCGCCACGGAUCAUCAGCUAUCCGUUUCCAUGGCUCACCCAUCCUUCCUCCAUUGCUCACAGGAGUGCAAAGAGAAGAGAUGCAGAGACACAGAGAGGCAGCCAAGAGGACCAUGGAUAGGAGGAAGACUCAGCCCUCUGAGACGAGGAUGUCCUACGUUCAGAACAUUCUACACAGUGUUCAGCUGAGGCAAGCACCAACACUGGAGGAGUUCUUUCAGGGUGAACCAGGACUAACGGCAGCCAACACCACCAACCUACACCACAGCAAUGUCCACCAGGUUCUAGCGUCGCAGAAUGAUGAUGUCACCGAGACCGAGGACAGCUUGCCGGGGUCGUCCUCCCCACCAACCUUAACCGUCAUGCAUGAUGGGAAAGCAGGCAUCCUCGUCCGAGGUCCUCCCAUGACGUCGACAGCCUACGGCGCCUUCACAACAAAUCACCUUACAACUCUCCAUAACACCACCACUGUGAGGGAGACCUUCCUAGAUAAGCUGGUCUGUGACCCAAUGACACCUUCUCUAGCUAGAGAGACAACCACACACACCAACCAGGUUGCUCCACAAACAGAGACCCGGACCAGGGAGAGACGCUUGUAUGACCAGGAUAAGACCACCAAUGCUGAGUGUGUUCUGGAGGAGGACCUGGGUUCAGGAGGAGCAACGGUGGAUCCUCUAGCUGACAUAAGCCAUCAGUCUUCUGGGUACGUGACGUAUGAAAAUGCGGAGGCCACCUGGGUCCUGAGUCGGACUGAGGCUGGGGAGAGCAUUUUGUCAGGGCCUGAGGAGGGGACACCAGUUGGAACGGGGGGGUUUCUCCUACACAGCACCUCCGAUACAAACACAACCAAGGCAUGUAAUAUCAUCAGCCAUCCUCCCGUUGAUGCUGAAGAUCUGGAGGAGGGGUCGUCCCCGUGUGACGAUGACCUCAUAACCGGUCGCCCCGCAGAUGAGGCGAGCGUGACGUCGUCCUGGUGUAAUGACGUCAUACCAGACUAUUUAGAGGAAGCGUUGGUGACGUGGCCUCUACAGAGCAGCGAUAUCACACCUCCUGUAGAAGAGAGCAGAGCAAGUCACCCAGGAAAGAAGUGUAGCACUGCUAAUAUUGUGACUUUCCCUCAGCAUCAAGCCUCAUCAUCACUAUCAGACCGUCCUGAACCCAAGAUUGUAGUGACAUGUCCUCAGGCUGAGGCCUCGACACCGGACCUCUGCAAACCAGACCAGAACCAGGAGUCAGACUUAGACCUGGACCGACCGGAGGGACCAUACCGGCUCAGCCUCCAGACUCUUCUAAAGAAAUCCCAGGCCGUUUUGGAACGCCCCAAACCAGGCAGGAACCAGCCAGGAUCAGAACCAAAGAGCCAGGCUGGAGAUGUAGACUUGGACCCGGAACCAGAGGCAGGGCCGUACCGCCUCAGCCUCCAGACCCUGCUGAAGAAGUCCCAGGAGCACCGGAGACGCCAGCGUCAGCUGAAGAACCUGGCCAAGGCCUCUACUUGUCCUACCAGGACCCAGGAGGCCUCGACACACCAGAAGAUGGAGGAGGAGAUGAGUUUCUCAGACAAGGAGAAUGAGGAGUUCCUCCAGUCAGGGAGAAUGGUGGCGGAGGGAAGGAAAACCCGGGACAGGGAUUGGAGAAAGGAUCAUCUGGGAAUGGGAGUCCAGUUCUCCGGACCGCCACCACUAGAGAUAUUCCCUAAGGAAGCGUGGGUUCAACGUGAGGAGGAGAAGGCGAGGUCUAGCAUUGUGGAAAGAAUGGGACUCGAAAAAGGAUGUCGUGAAGGAAUAUUGAAGGAAUUGGAGGCUGGAAAUGGCCCUUCACAUUUGGUUGUUCUAGAAGGAGACACCCAAUCUCCUCCAGGAGUGGACAUUGAUGCUGGCGCGGCAGUCGAAGACAUCCAGCUACACCUCUCACCAGACGUCACAGCAGCACCGUCAAUGCUAAUGGAGAACCUUCCACAUCCUAUCUCAGCCGAUGCCUCCAUAACCCAGAAAUCAUUCUACCUAGUCAGGGAGAAGAGCUCUACCCUGCCGAGGCCUUCCUCUCUGGGGGGUAGUAGGUUCCAGACCGUCCCUACCCCCCAGUUUAGUAUGAGCCCUAUCCGCUGUAAGAGUAAAGGAGACAGUGGGGGAGGAGGGCGUGGCACCCCCAAGAGGCAGAUCCUGGUAAACACACCUUUGAAUGUAGACAACGAGGUGGGGUCGGUGACUGGGCAGGAAAAUAAUGCUUGGGACCAAAGGCAUCUGCAUAGAGCGCCCCUAGUGGCUGAGGGUGGUAUAUCACAAGGCUUUACUGUUCCUACAACUCCCCCAGUGGCUGGGGGUGGUACAACACGUAUGCGUAGGAGCUCAGACCAGGCGGAACAGAUAGCUCAGCUGGAGCUCAACCUGUCCAGCCUCAAAAUACUGAUCUCAGACCUGGAGUCCACACUAACAGAGACACCAGAGAGCCACCAGACACACAGCAACAGCCACACUGAUAAUAGUAGUAACCUUACCAUGGAGCCGCCACAUAAAUACAUGGACUACCAUACACCUGAGAGUCAGGCAGAGAGUAACCUUACUGACAGUGAGAAAGGAAGAGGGGAUGGAGGUCAGAGGUCAGCUGAUAAGAUGACGGUGGUCCCCUGUAGAGUCCAGGGGUAUGACAGCGUACCUCCAUUGGUCAAGGAGGUGGAGAUCACUGUUACAACAGGUUACAAAAAACAAGAUGGUCGCCAGCAGCAGCCUCUUGCAGCGCGCCUCAUCACCUCCCUCACUCAGAAGAGGAGAGUUUCUGACGUGUUCCGGAAGGUUCCAUAUGAUGUCAUCAAGGUUCAGUCGGAAGUCAUCAAGGUUCAGUCGGAAGUCAUCAAGGUUCCGUCGGAAGUCAUCAAGGUUCGGAAUGACGUCGUCAAGAUUCCAGCAUCACACAAAACACCUUUCUCCGUCCUCUCAGACGCCAGUAACAACCAGCACCAGCCAAUGGAGUGGAAGAGUUAUCCGGAGGACCCCGCCCACUUCCAAUCCAUCAACCAAUCGUAUGACGUGGACACGCCCUCAGGGCUCUGGCUCCAGGGAGGGUCAGGGUCAGAGGGGUCGUUGAAAGGUCAUGACCCUGCGGGGAAGCAGCUGACCCCUGAGAACGGAGGUGGUGGUCAGGGAGGGGCGUCAAGGGCCAAACGUAGACUGGUCAUGCACACGACAGAGGGGAACAGGGGAGGAGGACGAAGAGAGGUGAUGGACAGGCCUCACUCCAGUACUCCUGAAGCUGCGGUGCUGUCACACAGUCAGGAGAGCCAGCAGCUGAAGCAGCUCCAGCUGACCCAUGCAGGCCAGGUCAGAGCCCUGAAGGAGGAGCAGAGGAGACAGCAGCAACAACUACUGCAGUCUCCCAGGUGUCUGUCUGUGUGUUACGGUCCCCUGGUGGCAGCAGCAGUGAAGGGAUACCUAACCAGGAGGCUCCUACACACAGAGCGAGUGGGACAGCUGCUAUGUACCAUCAAGGACACGCAGCAGUUCCUACAGUCCUUCCAGCCCCAGAGCCCUGGGAGAGACAGCAGGCAAGACCUGGUGCUGCAGGAGAGAGUCACACUGCAGCUCCGCUCGGCGCGUUAUGAGGUCCAGGACAUCUUCUGCCUGUCAGCAGGAGACAGGAUGCAGAUCAUCAGCUGGGACAGACAGCUGGCCAGGGACAGAGAGAGGAAACGCAAGACUGGGGAAACGGGGUUGACCAGGGGGAAGAGUUCUCUGUCAGCUGCUACACAGAAAGCCCUGGAGAGGAAGAGAGGAGUCAUGAUGAGGAAAACGGCAGAGAGGCAGAGGGGGACUGGAGCUGGGGCUGUAGCUGGUCAGAAGGGCCCUCUGGCUGGGGCAGAGGGGCAGAGGGGGACUGGAGCUGGGGCUGUAGCUGGUCAGAAGGGCCCUCUGGCUGGGGCAGAGGGGCAGAGGGGGACUGGAGCUGGGGUUGUAGCUGGCCAGAAGGGCCCUCUGGCUGGGGCAGAGGGGCAGAGGGGGACUGGAGCUGGGGUUGUAGCUGGCCAGAAGGGCCCUGGGGCAGAGGGGAACGUCGUGAAGCAGAUACGUGGGUCUUUUCGACCCAACCCUCAAAGGGUCCCCAAGACCACCCAGUCCCGCAGAUCUCGGUGAAGAUGGUCUACUUAUCAGGCUAGACUGGACCGGAACUGGGUCGUGUUCAUUUUGGCACAGUGUAGCAAAACGUUUUGCACAGGAGAACGAAAACAAGUGUUUCUUAUUGGACAAGUUCAGGGUCAUAUUCAUUAGUAGACAUUUUAUGGAAAACGAAAACAAGCGUUUCUUAUUGGACAAGUUCAGGUAGUCACUCCCUUGACCCAGGUAAUGAAUACUGUUGAUACCUAAAAAGAUAUACACACACAAUCCAUCUCACUUAACCCUAAAACAAUACGCCCCUAUGGGCCCUGGUCAAAAGUAGUGCACUAUAAAGGGUUGCCAGUUGGGACGCUUCCAUAGUGUUUCUUGCUAACCAGUGGACAUCUGGAAAGUAUUGUAUUUUAACUUGAUUAUAUUCUACAAAGGCACAACUCACUGCAUUCAAAUGCAUCUUAACUACUACAUACUGUAUGUGACAAUCUAUUCUUACCACAAGACCUCAGGACUUGUUUUUGGACACACUGUUUGUAAUAUGUUAGUUUUACACAUUUUAUACUAUUUAUAUUUCCUAUACUAAUUUGUGGUACGGUAUUGGGAUGGCAAUGCAACCAAAGCCCAGAAAACCCAAGUCUAUUUUUGAAGGUCUGUUCUGAGUGUUCUUCUUUCCUACUGUUUUUGUUCUAAAUUAUUUAGAAGUGUUUUUUAAUAAAUGUUUUUUUAUAAUAAAUGUACUUGUCAGGUUGUUUGAAUGUAAACUGAACAAAAAUAUAAACACAACAUUCAACAAUUAA